AUGGACUGUGGUAACAGCUUCAAGAUAAAUUUGGAACAUUCUUCAGAAAAUCCUCUUGUUUGUUCAGUAUGUUCAGGUCGUGAAGUAUUUGGUAUAUUACCUGCUUGUCUGCAUGUAGUAUGUGUAACAUGUGCAGAAUAUAUGCGUAAGGAUGAUGUAUACCGUUGCAUUUUAUGCAAAGAAUCAAGCCAAAAGAUUAUCAGUAAUCCUAACAUUUGUAAUUCCGAAAACACCAAUAAGUCACCCACAUGUAAUUGGUGCCAUGACAAUGGAGAACAGACGAAAUCAAUCGGACAUUGCGAAGAUUGUGACAUAUGGUUAUGUGGAGAAUGCCUAAAGGGUCAUAACAGAAUGCCUCCAUUACGUAACCAUAACAUCACACUGCUUUCAAAAAGCGAACAUCUAGGCUCACUACGAUGUGAAGCACAUCCGAACGAAGCACUAGAAUGCUUCUGUGAGGCUUGUGGAGUAUUAACUUGUCGUGACUGUCAGCUAUCAGUUCACAGAGAUCAUGGAAGCCAUCGGUGGGUUGGAGAAAAAGCUGUUCAACUAAAGGCUCCUUUAGAAGAGGGCAUUCAAAACCUCAAAGAAUCAGGAAAAAAACUAUCUUCUGCCUUACUUUGUGCUACUAGCGCUCGUACUUGCAUGGAGGACAGCUUCAUAUUCAGUGUGGAAAAAGCUCGUCAAGAUAUCAAGUCACGGACGUCUUCCCUCAUUGAUUGCAUUCAAAAUCGUUCUGAAUGCCUCUUGAAUGAACUUGACAAAAAGGCAGAUACAUAUAUUGGUCGACUACAGGAGACGGAGAAUUUGAUACGUAAGCUCCAGGAACAGAUAAAUUUUGCGUCGGCAUUUUCCAGUCAUCUCAUUCAAAAUGUAGACAAUGAUCCUGCUAGCUUAGUGCAGUUGUAUGAAACUGUCAAACUUCGACUUGAUUUGCUUCAAAUACUGUCUGAACAAGUUUUGAGUGACUCGCCGUCCGUAAUUGAUUCAUUGGAUCAAAAACUGAAAGAUCGAGUUAAACAGUCCAGUUUAUGGUCUGAAAAUGUUAUUGGCUGGCAUACUAUGGUCAAUACACGAGCAUUGUUUCUUGGCACCUGGGAUGCUGAGGAAUUAUGUCGAUAUUCUGGAACAAUAGCAUGGUUACCCAAACAAGCUAAAAAUACCUUUUCUCUCAAGGACAAUAAUCAAACAUUUGGCAGUCAGGUAGUUGUAAAGACAGAAAAUGGAUUAUCGAAAAAUAAUGACUUUGCAAGUAAUCAACUGUCUGCUGAUACGAAUGAUUUUCUGGAUUCUCUAGCAGAAUUGGAUGGUGAUAAAUGGACAUGUGGAGAAGCUAAUGGUGAAUCUAAUUCUUCUCCAGUAGGAUGUGCUAUCUGUUUUGGAGUUGGAUUACUCGCACACUGUGGGCGUUGUAACCGGGCAUAUCAUUUGGAUUGUCAUUUGCCUCGGAUAAACAGUAUUUCAUUAACACCUAGUUGGGUUUGUGGUCUAUGCGCCGACGAUGAGGUUGAUUCAGCUGUUCAUGUUGAGCAAGCAGUAAAUGGAAGGUUUUCUCGCAGUGAUUAUCUAGCAGGGUGUCGAAUUUUAAUGGGUUUGCUAGUUCACGAAGAAGCUGUUCAUUUUACUGCAUCGGUUUGUCCAGCAUGUUCGGUUCCGCUUCUAUCUACUAGUCAAUCCAUGCCUCAUUGUCCUGAGGGUCAUCUUUAUCAUCGUCUUGCAGAACUUCGGUUAUACUUAGAAGAAGCAGCUUCCACUCCAAAUGGUCGUUCAGAUACAUAUUCCAAUCCUUAUUCAGACAGUAAUCAAUGUCAUUUCACUUGCCUAAGUGAUUGGCUCAUAGAGGUAGAUAAAUUUUGGUCAGAUGCUGCUAAAGAAACUAAUAUUCGUGGCUCCACUAAGGGGUGUCUACAAGCAGCACGUCGGCUUCGUUCUCGUCUAAACUCACUUGUUCGUGAACAUCGACCGGACUGUGAAGCUAUUUUAUCGGGCAAAACAAUAGCUAAUGAUUUGAUCAGCGAACCACUUAGUAAUAACCCAUCUGUUGUAGAUAACUAUGUACCAGAGCCGUAUGCAUUGAAUACAUCUCCCGUUCCUGUGAAAAACGAAGUUAGUGAAUAA